AUGGAUGAAAUUUCCAGGAACUCCAGAAAGCAGGGUGGUCUAUCUGCAGGCCACGUCAGUUCGAUUGAGAAGUUCAUUAAGAUGAAUUCUCCAGCUUUCUCAGCAGGGACUAAUCAUGUAGUCGCUGAAAACUGGGUACAGAAGAUUGAAAAAGUGUUUGCGGUGCUGCAGUCCUCAUCCAGAGAAGCCAAGAUUGAGGAGUUCCUGAAUUUGAAGCAGGGACAACAGACAGUGCAGCAAUACGCGGCGAGGUUCAUUGAAUUGUCUCAUUUCGCCUCGUACAUUAUUCCAUAUGAUACGAAGAAGGUACAACAGUUUGAAAGAGGUAUGAGGAGAGAAAUAUAUAAGCAAAUGUCGAUAUUGAAAUUGCAAGAUUUUGCCGAGUUGGUAGACAGGGCAACUAUGGCAAAAGCUGGAGAGCGGUUGGAAGCCGAGAAGCAGAGACAGAAGAAGAGAUCCACGUCUUCUGGUUCCCAACAAGGGUUCAGUCAUGGUUCGUGGAAGAGAAGUGACUACUAUAGGGACCAGAGGCAGGAGUUGGGGAACUGUGGGUUUCAGAGUAUGUAG